UCCGGUCCGCCAUACUUAAAUCUCCGCCGUGGACUGAGGCUGUCUCUGGGUUCCCUGAACCGUGCUGAGAGCUGCUGCCGGGAGCAGCGAGGAGAGCGGGGCGAGCUCGGAGUCCGCGCCAUGGAUGCAGUGACCUAUGAGGAUGUGCAUGUCAACUUCUCUCAGGAAGAGUGGGCUUUGCUGGACCCUUCUCAGAAGAGUCUCUACAAAGAUGUGAUGCUGGAAACUUACUGGAACCUUACUUAUAUAGGCUACAAAUGGGAAGACCACAAUAUUGAAGAACAUUGUCAAAGUUCUGGAAGGCAUGAAAGGUAA